UCGACAGGCCCACCACCAUCAGGGCCACAAGGAAGAACGUGACAAAAGCCUUGCUCCAUUCACCCAGCGACGAGGCAACUGUCAAACUCGCGGAAGAAUCCCAUCAUUAUAAACUUUAUUUCUAAUCGAGAAAAAUCAAUUUUUCUCUUCUAUUUUUAUUAAAAAAAAAUUUUCCAUCCCUCCCUCGAAAAAAAAAAAAAAAUAAUUUAAAAUCCAUCAACAUGAGGGAAAUUGUUCAUCUUCAAGCCGGUCAAUGUGGAAAUCAAAUUGGAGCCAAGUUUUGGGAAGUGAUCUCAGAGGAACAUGGUAUUGACCCAGUUGGAAUCUAUCACGGAGACAGUGACCUGCAACUCGAAAGAAUAUCUGUUUAUUACAAUGAGGCUUCUGUCGCCACAGCCCACAGUGGAGGGAAAUACGUACCCCGAGCAAUCCUCCUCGAUCUCGAACCAGGAACAAUGGACGCAGUACGCUCCGGUGCCUUUGGAAAACUCUUCCGUCCCGACAAUUUUGUCUUCGGUCAAUCAGGCGCCGGCAACAAUUGGGCCAAAGGUCACUACACCGAGGGAGCUGAACUAGUCGAUUCAGUUCUUGAUGUCGUUCGAAAGGAAUGUGAAAACUGCGACUGCCUCCAGGGUUUUCAAUUGACCCAUUCCCUCGGCGGUGGAACCGGUUCCGGAAUGGGAACACUUCUCAUCUCAAAGAUACGUGAAGAGUAUCCGGAUCGAAUUAUGAACACCUAUUCCGUCAUGCCAUCACCCAAAGUCUCCGAUACCGUAGUCGAACCCUACAACGCCACCUUAUCCGUUCAUCAACUCGUGGAGAACACUGACGAAACCUAUUGCAUUGACAACGAAGCCCUCUACGACAUUUGCUUCCGCACACUCAAGGUCUCGAAUCCAUCCUACGGUGAUUUGAAUCAUUUGGUGUCCCUAACGAUGUCGGGCGUCACUACCUGUCUCCGAUUUCCAGGACAAUUAAACGCUGAUCUUAGGAAAUUGGCCGUUAAUAUGGUUCCAUUUCCGCGAUUGCAUUUCUUCAUGCCUGGCUUUGCACCACUUACGUCGAGAUCAAUGCAACAGUACUCGGCUCUCUCGGUGCCUGAACUGACCCAACAGAUGUUUGAUGCGAAAAACAUGAUGGCGGCCUGCGAUCCAAGACAUGGGAGAUAUUUGACUGUAGCCGCUGUGUUUCGAGGUAGAAUGUCGAUGAAGGAGGUCGACGAGCAGAUGCUCAGUGUUCAAAAUAAGAACAGCUCCUAUUUCGUCGAAUGGAUACCUAACAAUGUGAAAACAGCCGUUUGCGACAUACCACCCAAGGGACUUAAGAUGUCAUCCACUUUUAUUGGAAAUACAACCGCAAUUCAGGAAUUAUUCAAGAGAAUUUCAGAGCAAUUCACCGCGAUGUUUAGAAGAAAGGCUUUCCUCCAUUGGUACACCGGGGAGGGAAUGGAUGAAAUGGAAUUCACUGAGGCUGAAUCGAACAUGAAUGAUCUCGUCUCUGAGUAUCAGCAGUAUCAGGAAGCAACCGCUGAGGAAGACUUUGAAGUCGAGGAGGGUGGUGAUGAUUUCGAAACAUGCGAACAAGAGUGAAAUGUUCAUGAAUUGUGAUUAGAAAUGCUUGGGCUAAAUUACAAAACGUACAAACGUCCUUUUAGGAAUUAUUAUCAAGGGACUAUCCUGGAGAAAUAGGACGGACUACCAAAGGGCAUCAACCAAAAAGACUUAAUUUGUACAUGAAGCAGCAGUACACGAAUACUAUUGGCUAAAAUGUUUAAACUAUUUUAAUAUUUUAAUUUUUAAUUUAUACUUUAGUAAUAAUUAGCUAAAACAAACGCGCAAUUGACAACAUCAGAAUUCUGAUUACCCUAAAAAUAAUGUGAGGGAAAUAAUUUUCCUUCAGACUACGAACAGAUAAUUCCAAAUGCGAACAGACAGAACAGACAGAAUACCAACUUUAAUAUUUGUUAAUUAAUUAAGUUUGCAAAUUGAGACUUCGAUAAAGAUUAAUUUUUUCAAACAUUUGUAUUUCAUUUUUAGAAAUAAUAAAGAAUUCUUGGAAUUUUA